GUCAUUUUCAAAAUGGACUGUGUAAAUUCAACAAUUCAUCCUUUUGUAAAUUUGUUAAGAAAAUGUUAAUUUUAUCGUGUUUGGAAGUGUUAAAAUGCAAUUAAAACGUUUCUAAUUAAAAGGCUGUUGUACCCACAAUCGAAAUGGCUACCAGCGAUAGCUCCGGCUUGGAGUUUCUAGACCUCACAGACGUUGACGAAUAUGAAAAGAAUCGCCUCCUAACAUCCCUACAGCCCUUACAAACAAAUCAAAAAUUCCCUUGGUUCAUAGGGGAUUCACAAGGGCUUAAAACCACUCACACAAAAAGACAACCAAUAACAAUAGUCAAUCCAGAAAAUGGCCUAAUUGUACCAUUAAACCCUAAACCAGAACCUGUCAGUAUCCAACCCUUUUAUAACCCAUUACCACAGUAUUAUCCUGUUGUAACCGCAAUCCCAACUGGCCCGGUACACAUUCCUCCUCAAUCCUAUCCAGAAACUUAUCCAGCAUACACCUAUCCUGUAAAGCAACCAGUCUAUUAUGGAGUGCCUCCAGCACAGCCCCUGUUUGUAUCCCACACCUCUACCAGUUAUUAUCCCAACAACGAUUAUAUGGUAGAGCAAAGUGUAGAUUUGAAGCCUUUAUCAGCUGACGUUCCUGAAUUUACUCCCAAGAAUUUACAACCUGUUAUAAUUGAACCUCCAGAACCAGAAGAAGAAAUUACAACCGAACAAGAAGUUGCCCCUAAAAGUGUGUGGGGUGCCAAAAAAUCCUGGGCAAGUUUGUUCACUCCCAAGGACAGUCCCGAAUUAAAUGGAAUUAAAAUAUUUCCUCAAAUCAAAGAGUCAAAUAACAAUGAAUGCCCCAUUAAAAAUCCCAAAAAAAAUCAAUUCAUUGAUCCUGAUUGUUACAGGAUGGGCGAGUUUUUGCUUAAUUACUUAGUCGAUGGUAGAACUAUAAGUCUACAGCCUAGAGGCUUGAUUAAUCAAAGCAAUUAUUGCUACAUUAAUUCUAUAUUGCAAGCUUUAAUUGCUUGCCCCCCUGUAUAUAAUCUACUAAGCGGAUUGGCUGAAAAUAUUACAUCUAAUGCCAAAAGGAAACCCACACCUGUUAUUGACGGAAUGUGUAAAUUUGUUAAAGAGUACAAACACUUGCCUGCCAAUAUGCGUGUGAGCAACAGAAGGUCUGAGGGCAACAAAAAGGAUCAGAAAAAAGAUCAAGGAGUUAUGAUCAAUACUGAUAUUCCGUUCGAGCCUGCUUGGAUUUAUAAAAUUUUGCACAACUUGCAAACUGAUUUGAUGGAGGGACGUCAAGAGGAUGCUGAGGAAUUUUUAGGGUGUUUGCUCAACAAUUUGAGCGACGAAAUGUUAGAGUUGAUGAAACUUGUGGACACUUCGGAAAAGACCACCAACCAAACAGAAGAAGAUGAAGAGUCCUGGCAGGUCAUGGGCAACAAAAACAAAGGUUCAGUCUUGAGAAAAACCCAAUUUGAAAAAACCCCAAUCACUGAUAUAUUUGGAGGCUCCCUAAAAUCGAAAAUAAACAGGAUAGGAGGGCUGAGUACCGAGAAUACUCAGCCUUUCCUUACACUUCCUUUAAAUAUUGAGAAAGUUAAGACUGUAUGUGAAGCUCUUGAAGCCCUAACAGGCAAAUACCAAUUGGAAGGACUAACAUCCUCGAAAACUAAUGAAGAAAUUGAAGCCUGGCAACAAGUAAUGCUGGACGAAUUGCCUGUCAUAUUGGUACUUCACUUAAAAUGUUUUGACUUCAAAUUGGAUGGGUGCACCAAAAUUGUUAAGGCCCUUGAAUUUCCUAUUGAUUUGAAAAUUGAUGCCAAACUUUUGUCUUCAAAGACAACCAGCGCUAAAGAAAAACAAUACAAACUAUUUGCCAUUGUUUAUCAUGAAGGAAAAGAAGCAACUAAAGGACAUUAUGUCACUGAUGCUUUUCAUGUGGGCUACAGUAGUUGGCUGAGGUAUGACGAUGCCUCAGUUAAACCAGUUCUAGAAGAGGAUGUGUUAAAUCCUCAAGGAACCAGGGUACCCUAUUUGCUAUUUUAUCGUCGUAGUGAUACAAUUAGGAGUAGAUAAUUAAUUUGGCUUAUACAUUUGUUAAUUACUAUUAAGUGUCUUUUUAUUAAUUAAAUUUAUAUAUAAAAAAAAUAGUUUUAUUAUAUUGUUUAGGACAUUGAAAUAGCUGUUCUCCUGACUACAGCACUCAACAAUUCAUUUUUAUCAGGUUGCUCAGUCAUAAUGCUCAAUUUAACCCAUUGCCUUGUCUGUGAAGAUUGUUUAAUUGCACCAAGUACUGCUUGAACGUACAAACCAUCUUCAAAGUUUGCUGCACUAGAAACUAAAAUUGCUUCACUAUAAGUAUUGCUAAUUUGCAUUAAAUAAUUAUUACCAGGCUCCUUGAUCCAACCAGCUUGAUCAUUAACAGGCAAAAAGGCCUCCCUUAAAGCAGCAACCAUUUUACACAAACCUUUAAUAAACGUUUUAGGCAGAGUUGAAUUUGGAACUGGACAUUUUAAGUCUUCAACAUCCAAAUAAAUUACUUCUUCAGUAUUUUUAUCUUUCCUGCCAAAUAAAUCUCCAUUUCUGACUGCUAAAUGCCCAGUACUACUACAAACAGUCACUUCUUGUUGAAAAGUACUGCCAAUUGUGUGACUGUUAAUUGAAACAGUUACCAGGACCUCAUUUGCGAGUUCCAUCUGGAAUGCGCAAAAAUCUGGAGCUGUUAUUUGCCUAAUACCUUUAACUGUGUCUGUGUGUUUUGUGAAGGUCCUUACAACUCCGUGCACCCUUACAGCCCUUUCUCCAGUUAGAAAAGUUACUAAAUCUAUUAUGUGACUACCAACUAAGUUUAGGGUUCCACCUCCCAUCAUUCCAUCACAUUUCCAAUCAAAACAAUCAACCUCAGUGAAUAAAGAGCCUGUUUGGAUUCUUAUAUCAAUAAGAGUCAUGGGUGAGCCUAAAUAAUUUUCCUCCAAUUUUUUUUUCAGUUGCACAAAAGCUGGCAAAAAUCUUGAAAAGAUGUUUUGUUGCAAAUUGUUUGAGGCAACCACAAAAACUCUUACCUAAAUGAGUGAUUUAUAAGCGAAAUAAGCGAAGGAUAAUACUGCCCAGCCCUGACCAUUUUCAAAGCAUCGGCCUGGUUUAGUCCGGCUGGUUUAUCGCAAACUACAUGUUUUCCAAUUCCUAAAGCCUUAACGGAGAUUUGAGCGUGCAAAUUCGGCGAGCAUAGGACAAAGAUUAAGUCCACGUCCUUUUUUAGUAGGACGUCGUCGAUUUUGUUGGUAAAAAAGGGAAUGUUGAGGGUCUUGGCAGCUUCCUGGGCCUCUUGGAGGGUCCGGCUCCAGAUCGCUUCGAUUUUGAAGCCGUUUUCCCGCAGGAGCGGUACCAGGACUUUGACUACCGGGCCGGUACCGAAUACGCCGAUACCAGGAAGCAUUUUAUGAUUUUUAUUAAUAAUUAGUUUAUUUUGUAGGUUGUAUUUUUUUUUUGUUUAUGUUUAUUUACGUUUUUAAAUGUCAUUUGUUUGUCUGUGGCUUAUGGGGCCAUUACGCAAGGAUGAUACACACUACUACUACAACUACAGGAUGGCCUAUCUUCAUGGAUCAUGGCCUGUGUGUAACAAAUCCCCCCGGCCCACGAAAUUACCAGUUUUUUCGUAGGCAGCAUGUUAUAUCUCGCCUUGACGCAGUCUGUUUAAACAGCCAACAACUUAUUUUUGACGUCAGAAAUGGUAACACACCAAUACGGCGG